GAGUUUUAUUUUUUUUUCCUUCUCGUUUUGAAAAGAAAGAAAAUAAAAUAGAAAGUGUGAAGUGGAAAACGCCUGAGAAGUUGUUCAUUUACUGAGGUUGACCACCUGUGCUUUUAAACCAUGGCCUACACACUGGGUAUGGCACCUGAUGGUCGGACACGCAGUGUGGGACCACAGCACUGCGUGACUCGGGUCGAGCUAUCUGUCACUGCGUCCAACCUGCUGGAUCGAGAUGUAGCCUCCAAAUCGGACCCUUUCUGUGUCCUCUUCCACGAGGUGGAUGGAAAUUGGGUGGAGCUGGGACGGACUGAGACAGCAGUGAACAACCUAAACCCAGUGUUUGGGGUCAAGUUCCAGGUGGAUUAUCAUUUCGAAGAGAUUCAGAAGCUUCGCUUUGCCAUGUUUGAUGAAGACAAGUGUGCAACGCAGCUUUAUGAACACGACUUCCUGGGAGAAUUCAUCUGUACUCUGGGCGUGAUCGUGUCAAAUAAGAAACUUCACAAACCAUUGAUAUUGGCCAAUGGCAAGCCAGCUGGCAAAGGUUCUAUCACGAUAACAGCACAGGAGCUGUCUGACAACAGAAUCAUCACUUUGACCCUGAGUGGGCGUAAACUGGAUAAAAAGGACUUCUUUGGUAAAUCAGAUCCCUACCUGGAGUUCCAUAAACAGGGAGAAGAUGGGAAAUGGAUGCUGGUACACAGGACAGAGGUCAUAAAGAACACAUUGGACCCGGCGUGGAAGCCUUUCACUGUGCCUCUCGUUUCUCUUUGCAAUGGAGAUGUGGACAGAAGCAUUAAGGUGCUGUGUUAUGAUUACGAUAAUGAUGGAGGCCAUGACUUCAUUGGAGAGUUUCAGACCACAGUUUCCAAGAUGAGUGAAGCACAAAACUCUGUGGAGGUGGAGUUCGACUGUAUCAACCCCAAGAAACAGAAAAAGAAGAAAAACUACAAAAACUCAGGAGUCAUCAUUGUCAAGUCCUGCAAGAUUGCCCACGAUUACACCUUUCUGGACUACAUACUGGGAGGAUGCCAGCUCAUGUUCACAGUUGGUAUAGACUUUACAGCUUCUAACGGGAACCCCAGAGAGCCAUCCUCUCUCCACUACAUCAACCCACUGGGCAGCAACGAGUAUCUCUCUGCCAUUUUAGCUGUUGGCCAAAUCAUUCAGGACUACGACACUGACAAAAUGUUUCCUGCGCUUGGAUUUGGAGCUCAACUCCCACCAGACUGGAAGGUUUCCCAUGAAUUUGCCAUCAACUUCAAUCCCACUAAUCCCUUCUGUUUUGGUGUGGAGGGCAUUGCCCAGGCUUACUCUGCCUGUCUCCCUCUUAUUCGCUUCUAUGGGCCUACAAACUUUGCUCCAAUCAUCAACCAUGUUGCUCGCUUUGCCGCUCAGGCGCUUCAGCAGGAGAAAGCAGCGCAAUACUUCACUCUCCUCAUCAUAACAGAUGGAGUCAUCAGUGACAUGGAUGAGACACGCCAUGCCAUUGUUCAGGCCUCCAAGUUCCCAAUGUCCAUCAUCAUUAUUGGUGUUGGUAACGCAGACUUUGCUGCCAUGGAGUUCUUGGAUGGAGAUGCCAGCGUCCUGAGGUCCAACACAGGAGAGGAGGCGAUCCGGGACAUCGUGCAGUUCGUCCCAUUCAGGGAUUUCCGUAAUGCACCGAAGGAGACACUUGCCAAAUCGGUCCUGGCUGAGCUUCCUCAGCAGGUGACGCAGUACUUCAAACAGCGAAAUGUACCGCCCAUCAAUCCAGCACCAGAGUGAGACAGCCCGAGGUCCAGAGUGUAUUCACUGUACAAUAACACGACAGAUCCUAAAAAUGUUCUUGUUAUAAGAAAACAAUGCAGAAUAAAAAUGUGUGUGUCACAAAAUUGAAAAAAAAAAGCAAAA